AUGGGCAAAAGACGGAGGUCCAUCGGAGAAUUGCCGGAUGAAACGGGCUUCAACGGUGACAAUAGAGGAGAUAUCGAUGAUGUGGAAGCGGGCGAUGUGAUGGAGCACAUACUUGAAGAGGGGGAGGAAGAGAUGGAUGAUGAUUGUGAAGAUGAUGACGACGAACCAACUGGGACGGGAUCAUCUCCUCCGUCGUUAGGUGCGUAUAUUUGGGGUGAGGUGAGCAUGGCUCUUUACGUAUCCAUGCUGAAACAACUCCACCAUAUUUGUGGUUGCAUCGCAAUACAACCUUCGUCGGAAGAACGACGGAAGCUGAUUGCCAAGGCACGAACGCAAACGAAAGCAUUAUGGGACUUGGAAAUGUUGAGCAGUGACUCGUCUGAACAGGAGGAUUUAGCUGAGUAUUUUCAUUCGCAGAUAAGUAGCCUACUAGACAACGUUACCUCGCUUGCCGAGUCAGACAUGAAGGCUGGUGAGCUGUGUCAAGCGUUCCUUCAAACACUAAACAUGUUUGGAUUCCCCGAAGAGGAGAAUUUGGAUGAGGUGCAGUUACAAGCUAACAUUAGAAAAAGCGCCGAACUGCAGUGCUAUUCAUACCAGCAGCGCACUUCUAAUCAACUGAAUGUAUUGCGGAGAUAUGAGGGAGACCGACGUAGUGAGGAUCAGUAUUUGCAGCCGCGUGUUGGCCGUAUUGUACGCUUUCCCAUUCCUCACCCCCAUGAAGAGGUGAAUACAAGAAUUCAACUUAUUGAACCAAAGCGACGGCGACCACCACUCGAGGAAAACCGCAUCUGCUCCCACCCAAAACGUGCAACAGCGUUUGGUAUGGAGGACGUGCUUGUGGAUGAGGAACUGCAGUUUCGCGCGCUUGUUAUGCUCGGCCGCCACCUUGACACGUUCUGUUCCAUCCAACAUAUCUCACCAUAUCUGCGCUUAACGGUAUGGAACCUACUAGACCGCGACGAGGAGAUUUUUGAGCGACUUUGUGAGGUCCCUAAAGGUGAUGAUGAUACGGCUGUGCAUCUCCAGCUUCUGACGGAAUUGCGGCAGAGGGUAGCAAGGAAACGUAUGGCGUUUGAAUCCACCCGGGUUGGGGCCCGAGAGUGCGUGGCCCGUCUCACUUGGAGUGCAGUGAGUGCGCGAUGGAGAGAUCAGGUACUCUGUGCAGUGGAGGAAGUGGAGGAUGCGGAUUGGUGUUUACUGCGUGACUCCGCCAAGGUGGGGACACGUGCCAUCUUCCCCAACUAUGCGGUCUGUUCGGCUGUAAGGGAUAUUGCGCUGAAAGCUCUGCGUCGUGUGCGAGACGGGACAAUUGACUGUGGCGGCAUUGACGACGCGGCAGACUGUUAUGAGGUGAUUGCCCGUGUGUUGGUGCCAAUACUCGAGGGAGGACAGCCGAUGUUUCCCAUGGACGACACAUCCGAUAGUGACGGGGAACGGGAGAGAGAAGCAUGUAGGAAGAAGGAACCGAGGGGGAAAGCACAACGGCCAUUCCAUUAUGGUGAGCUGUGCCAACGUUUCGCCACACUCAUGUCGAGAGGCGAGGAUGCGGAACUGACUGACACGAAAGUUGCACGUAGCGUACGGUGGAAUCUUAACUGCGAGACAUUGCUGGCGGAAGAGGGCGUCGUUUGUACCUUUCUUACCGGUAUGUUCGUUUGGCCCCUUCAAUGCUUGGCGUCAUUUCUGGAGUUGGUUGCUGCGGGGCGCCACUCUGUUGAUGGGUUGCGGAAGUUCUCGGCCGCAUUUAUUCCAUCUAACUGGAGUGACGAGAGGGGGGUAUUGGAAUACCUUUUGAGGCGCGAACCCACAAACUUACCGCUGACAGCCUUUGUUGCCUUCCCUCGUCUCAUCAGGGACGUAUAUAUCUCUGCUCGCUGGCUCCUUAACGACAAGUGCUUUGCGGCUGUAGUGGCUUGCCGGCGUGAAGCGUGUAAAUUACCCUCUAAUAAACCUGCAAUCAACUUUAUACAGUGGAAGGCUCUCUCCAGUGUACUUGCUGAGGUCGGCUAUAAGGAUGAACUAUUAGCACUAACUGUACGCGGUGCUCUACCUUCUGAUGCAGACGAGGGGAAACUGUGGAGUGUGGCGGAGUUGCAACACACUGUGAGGGCAUGGAUCGACGGUGUCGAACUGAUGUUGCUAGCCGAAAAAAGUGCCAUGGUCAGCGGAGCUACCUCGGCAACAGGGACGGCGUUUGUGGUUGGUAGGAGUGACAGCAAGAGUGACGGCGAAGGAUAG